UUUAUCUUAGUGUACGCAAUAUAUUUUGUGAAAUGGAAACUGAAUUAUUGUGGAUUUUAGUGGUUUUGUUGAAUAGCUCACAAAGUAUAAAACUACAAUUUGGAAACUGUCCAAUUCAUUUCAAAGAACCUUGCAGUUCCUUCGGUAUCAAAUUCAUUUUAUCGAUGGGGAAAAGUGAAAAUUUAACUUACCACGAUUUGGAUCCUUAUCAACCAGUUCUUCCAGAUAAUUUUGAUUAUUUUUUACCCCUGAAAAUCGUUGUUCACGGUUAUGGUGGAAUGAAAGUGGACACGGCUAUUACGAAUGUGACUGUAGCCUAUCAAACCAUUGGAUAUAAUAUAAUAAUAGUUGAUUGGGAGCCUCUAUCAGCUCUUCCUUGCUACAUAACAGCUUAUUUGAAUACAUGGCAUGUUGGACAAUGUCUGUCAAAUUUGGCGAUCAACCUUACUCCUUAUGGAAUAAAUCCGCAACUAACUCAUAUCGUGGGAUUCAGUUUAGGAGCACAUAUAGCUGGAUUUGCUGGGACUAACAUCAAAAAUUCACUUGGUAUUUCUUUUAUGAGAAUAACAGGUUUAGAUCCAGCCCUCCCGUUUUUCGCCACCUUCAACAAUGACUGGAAAUUGGAUCCAACUGAUGCAUCUUUCGUCGAUAUCAUACAUACCAGCGCUGGGACUUUUGGUAAAUUGGAAGCAAUUGGUGAUGCUGAUUUUUACGUAAACGGAGGAUCCUUACAACCAUUUUGUUAUACAGCAAAGUAUCCUCCGAUAUGCAGUCACAUAUUAUCGGGACUCUACUUUGCUGAAUCGAUAUUAAAUCCAGGAAGUAUCUUUUUGGGUACCAAAUGUGAUAGCUUGAGCAGUUAUUAUCUAGGAUUCUGUGAAUCAGGUGCAGUUGCAAUUAUGGGAGAGUACACACAUUUCACAACUAAGGGAAUGUAUUUUGUGAAAACAGCAACCAAUCCGCCUUUCGCAUUAACUUUAUUGAAAUUUUAAAUAAAUUAUUUGAUU